UGCAUGCCUAUCCCGGGAAUGGUGUAGUCAGCCCGUAUCUGAAUUAUUUAUAGACUCGUGCCAGCUGUUUUUUUUUUUUUUCCUAAAUUUUAAUAUUUUUUUUUUUAAUCCCGCUUGUGUGCACUGUUGGGAAAUGCGUUUUGCCUCCCUUUCUUCUCAACAUAUUAAUGUCUUUGUUGGGGAGAGGUUUUUAUCCCCUUCAGACCCCUCUAAUACAAAAUUGAUGCUUAUUUUUCCCCUCAGGAAGGGGACGCUUUGAGGAUAAUCAUGCUUCACAGAAGAACGGCACCGAUCUCCAGUUUCUUUAAACACAACCUCCUCCACUAGGGCUCAAGAAAAAAAAAAAAAGAAUAAUUAUAAGAAUAAUCAUUAAAAAGGCGAAAGGAAUGCUUACUCUGGAACCUGCAUUUGACGAUCCUCACCACUCGCGCUGAAUAUCCUCUGAAGUGAUUCUCUCCGGCUUUUGAAUUUGCACCGCUUCAAGACGCAAGAUUGCCACAAAGAAUCCUCUAUCAUUUUUUUGUACAGCCAAAUAGGAUUUUUUUUUUUUUUAACUCAUUCCCCCACGUUUACCCCCCGACCCUUAUUCUUCUUAUGUGGAUAUGCAAGCAAGAAGAGGAGACUGGACAUUCCCAACAUGCUCUCUCCCUUGAUCUGUCCGUCUAGAGGUUCUGCUUCUACAAACCAAGGGAGUGUAAGAGCCGAAGAUGAGGCCCAGAGUGGAGUGCUAUUCUCCAAAGUUUUGGCUGGUGCUGGCAGUCCUCGCAACAACAGGGAGCGGGGCCCAUGCCCAGAAAAGCCACCCGAGCAUUGGCAUUGCGGUCAUCCUGGUGGGGACCUCAGACGAAGUGGCCAUCAAAGAUGCCCACGAGAAAGAUGACUUCCACCACCUCUCAGUGGUGCCUCGGGUGGAGCUGGUGGCCAUGAAUGAGACAGAUCCCAAGAGCAUCAUCACUCGCAUCUGUGACCUCAUGUCAGACCGGAAGAUUCAGGGGGUGGUGUUUGCUGAUGACACAGACCAGGAAGCCAUUGCCCAGAUCCUAGACUUCAUCUCUGCCCAGACCCUCACUCCCAUCCUGGGCAUCCACGGAGGCUCCUCUAUGAUCAUGGCAGAUAAGGAUGAGUCAUCCAUGUUCUUCCAGUUUGGCCCAUCAAUAGAACAACAAGCCUCUGUCAUGCUCAACAUAAUGGAAGAAUAUGAUUGGUACAUCUUCUCCAUUGUCACUACUUACUUCCCUGGUUACCAGGACUUUGUGAACAAGAUCCGCAGUACCAUUGAGCACAGUUUUGUGGGUUGGGAACUGGAGGAGGUCCUCCUGUUGGACAUGUCCCUGGAUGAUGGGGACUCAAAGAUCCAGAACCAGCUCAAGAAACUCCAAAGCCCUGUUAUCCUCCUCUACUGCACAAAGGAAGAGGCCACCUACAUUUUUGAGGUGGCCAACUCUGUGGGUCUGACAGGCUAUGGUUACACGUGGAUCGUGCCCAGCCUGGUGGCAGGGGAUACAGACACAGUGCCAUCUGAGUUCCCCACUGGGCUCAUCUCUGUCUCAUAUGAUGAAUGGGACUACGGUCUUCCUGCCAGAGUGAGGGAUGGAAUAGCCAUAAUCACCACGGCUGCUUCUGAUAUGCUGUCUGAACACAGCUUCAUCCCUGAGCCCAAGAGCAGCUGUUACAACACCCAGGAGAAAAGGAUUUACCAGUCCAACAUGCUCAACAGGUACCUGAUCAAUGUCACCUUCGAAGGCAGGAAUUUGUCAUUCAGUGAAGACGGAUACCAGAUGCAUCCCAAGCUGGUCAUCAUCCUUCUGACCAAGGAGAGGAAGUGGGAGAGGGUGGGGAAAUGGAAGGAAAAAAAGUUGCAGAUGAAGUAUUAUGUGUGGCCCCGCUUUGAGCUAUACCCUGACUCUGAGGAACGUGAGGAUGAUCACCUGAGUAUCGUGACCUUGGAAGAGGCACCAUUCGUCAUUGUGGAAAAUGUGGACCCCCUAAGUGGCACCUGCAUGAGGAACACGGUCCCUUGCCAAAAACGCAUAGUGACUGAGAACAAAACCGAUGAGGAGCCAGAUUACAUGAAGAAAUGUUGCAAGGGGUUCUGCAUUGACAUCCUGAAGAAAAUCUCAAAGUCUGUAAAGUUCACCUAUGACCUGUAUUUGGUGACUAACGGCAAGCAUGGGAAAAAGAUCAAUGGAACAUGGAAUGGAAUGAUUGGAGAGGUCGUCACCAAACGGGCCUAUAUGGCUGUGGGAUCCCUCACCAUUAAUGAGGAGCGCUCAGAAGUGGUGGAUUUCUCUGUGCCCUUCAUUGAGACGGGAAUCAGUGUCAUGGUGUCACGUAGCAACGGAACUGUCUCACCUUCUGCCUUCCUAGAGCCUUUCAGUGCUGAUGUAUGGGUGAUGAUGUUUGUGAUGCUGCUUAUCAUCUCUGCAGUGGCCGUCUUUGUCUUUGAGUACUUCAGCCCUGUAGGCUAUAAUCGGUGCCUUGCUGAUGGCAGAGAGCCUGGAGGUCCCUCUUUCACCAUUGGCAAAGCUAUCUGGUUGCUGUGGGGGCUGGUGUUCAACAACUCUGUGCCAGUGCAGAAUCCCAAGGGUACCACUAGUAAGAUCAUGGUGUCGGUGUGGGCCUUCUUCGCUGUCAUCUUUCUGGCCAGCUACACUGCCAACCUGGCUGCCUUCAUGAUCCAAGAGGAAUACGUGGACCAGGUGUCUGGCUUGAGUGACAAAAAGUUCCAGAAACCAAAUGACUUUUCACCCCCUUUCCGCUUUGGGACAGUUCCCAAUGGCAGCACAGAAAGGAACAUUCGCAACAACUACCCUGAAAUGCACAGCUACAUGGUGAAGUUCAAUCAGAGAGGGGUAGAUGAUGCACUGUUCUCACUGAAGACUGGGAAGUUGGAUGCUUUCAUUUAUGAUGCAGCAGUGCUAAACUACAUGGCUGGCAGAGAUGAAGGCUGCAAGCUGGUGACAAUUGGGAGUGGGAAAGUGUUUGCCUCCACCGGCUAUGGCAUUGCCAUCCAAAAGGACUCAGGCUGGAAACGUCAAGUGGACCUUGCCAUUCUACAGCUUUUUGGAGAUGGGGAGAUGGAGGAGCUGGAAGCACUGUGGCUCACUGGCAUUUGUCAUAAUGAGAAGAAUGAGGUUAUGAGCAGCCAGCUGGAUAUAGAUAACAUGGCAGGUGUCUUCUACAUGCUGGGAGCAGCCAUGGCACUCAGUCUCAUCACCUUCAUCUGUGAGCAUCUCUUCUACUGGCAAUUCCGCCACUGCUUCAUGGGCGUCUGCUCUGGCAAGCCUGGUGUGGUCUUCUCCAUCAGCAGGGGUAUCUACAGCUGCAUCCAUGGCGUAGCCAUCGAGGAACGCCAGUCAGCAAUGAACUCCCCUACAGCAACUAUGAACAACACCCAUUCCAACAUCCUCCGCCUGCUUCGGACAGCCAAGAACAUGGCCAACCUAUCAGGGGUCAAUGGCUCACCACAGAGUGCCCUGGACUUUAUCCGCCGCGAGUCAUCUGUCUAUGAUAUCUCUGAGCACCGCCGCAGCUUCACCCACUCAGACUGCAAGUCCUACAACAACCCCCCCUGUGAGGAGAACCUCUUUAGUGACUAUAUUAGUGAGGUGGAAAGGACCUUUGGCAACCUCCAGCUGAAGGACAGCAAUGUAUAUCAGGACCACUACCACCACCACCACCGUCCCCACAGUAUCGGCAGCACCAGUUCCAUUGAUGGGCUCUAUGAUUGUGACAACCCGCCUUUCAAUGCGCAGUCACGGUCUAUUGGGAAGAAGCCCUUGGACCUGGGGUUACCCCCUGCCAAGCACAGCCAGCUGGGCGACCUUUAUGGCAAGUUCUCCUUCAAAAGUGACCGCUAUGGGGGCAGUGGGGCCCAUGAUGACCUGAUCCGCUCGGAUGUCUCUGACAUUUCCACUCACACAGUCACCUACGGCAACAUCGAGGGCAAUGCAGCCAAGCGACGGAAGCAGCAGUACAAAGACAGCCUGAAGAAGCGCCCGGCCUCUGCCAAGUCCCGGCGGGAGUUUGAUGAGAUAGAGCUGGCCUAUCGCCGGCGCCCACCCCGCUCACCUGACCACAAGCGCUACUUCAGGGACAAGGAAGGGCUACGGGACUUCUACCUGGACCAGUUUCGUGCCAAGGAGAACUCGCCGCACUGGGAACAUGUGGACCUGACGGAUAUCUAUAAAGAGCGGGGAGAUGAGUUUAAGCGCGACGCGGGAGGAGGAGGGAGUGGAUCCUGCACCAACAGGGCCCACCACAAGCAUGGCUCGGGUGAGUUUGGUGGAAGCAAUGAGCACAAGCAUGGUGGUGUGAGUGGGGUCCCGGCGCCCUGGGAGAAGAACCUGACCAACCUAGACUGGGAGGACCGGCCUGGGGCUAAUUUCUGCCGCAGUUGCCCUUCUAAGCUGCACAACUACACACCAUCGGUGGUGGGGCAGAACUCCACCCGUCAGGCCUGCAUCCGCUGCGAGGCCUGCAAGAAAGCAGGCAACCUGUACGACAUCAGUGAGGACAACUCACUCCAAGAGCUGGAUCAGCCACCUGCCCCUGUGCCCGUGGCCACCAGUGCCACCUCCUCCUCCAAAUAUCCUCAGAGCCCUUCCAACUCUGCCUCCAAGGUGCAGAAGAAGAACCGCAACAAGCUCCGCCGGCAGCACUCGUAUGACACCUUCGUGGAUCUGCAGAAGGAUGACUCGGCCCUGGCCCCCCGCAGUGUCAGCCUCAAGGACAAGGGCCGCUUUUUGGAAGGGAGUCCCUACGCCCACAUGUUUGAGAUGCCAGCCAGUGAGACCACGUUUGCCAACAACAAGUCCUCAGUGCCCGCCACCAGCUACCACCACCACAACAACCCCGGCAGCAGUGGGGGCUACAUGCUCAGCAAGUCGCUCUACCCCGACCGGGUCACCCAAAACCCUUUCAUCCCCACUUUUGGGGAUGACCAGUGCUUGCUCCACGGCAGCAAAUCUUAUUUCUUCAGGCAGCCUAUGGUGGCAGGAGGGCCCAAAGCCAGGCCAGACUUCCGAGCCAUCGUCACCACCAACAAACCGGUGGUCUCAGCCCUUCAUGGGGCUGUGCCAGCCCGUUUCCAGAAGGACAUCUGUAUAGGGAACCAGUCCAACCCCUGUGUGCCUAACAACAAAAACCCCAGGGCUUUCAAUGGCUCCAGCAACGGGCAUGUUUAUGAGAAACUCUCCAGUAUUGAGUCUGACGUUUGAGUGAGAGGGGAAGAGCACGGGGAGGGACUGGGGGUGUAUGUGGAGUGUGGGAGGGUGGGAUCAACCCCAUCGGCUACUCUCCCAGGUCAUCCUUAGUUUGUGGGAUACUGGAGUUCUGAGUAGUGCAGCACUGGUGACAAGUGCCACCUCUUUGGUUUCCCCUCUUCCUCCUCCUCUUUCCUAACCCUCUCCUUUUAUCUUUUUCCAUGUUCUCACUCCUCCCAUUCUCCUCCAUUUCUGGCCAUUGCACUUUACAGUGAUGUUGGGGUUGGAUAUCCUCGCUCGUGAUUUCAAGAAGGGGAGAAAAAGGCAGGGAAUGGGUGGGCUGAGGGGGAGCGGCAGUGACUCCAGCGUUUCACUCUUGCUGGCUCUCGGCAGAGAAAGACACAUGUACACACACGAGUGUGCGUGUAAGGAGGAGACAGCAGAAGCAGUGUAAUGGACACACAGGAAAAUAUGCUUGCUCAGGCAACUCUUCCUAAAACUGCCUAGAAAAGAGUAGUGUUUGAAGAUGUGGAGAAAGUGAAGGGUGAAUAACAUGACUAACUUGAUGAUGCACUUAUAUGUUAGCUAUACUGAGGUUCUUGUUACAAUAUUUUGUGAAGACUAUGGGGGUUUAGGGCUGAAAUAUAUAUAUAUAUUUGCGUAUAUGCUGAGAAAUUUUACGCUAAAAUUUUGAAUUGUCUGCUGAGGGGUGGGGGGGAGGGGGAGAAGGUUUGUCAGCAGGUCUGGCUAGUGGUUUCACUAUGGCUAUUACAGCCGUUGAAUCUGUGGCAGACCAGUGGGAGAGAUGGAAAGGAAAUGAGAUCUGAGUUUGGGAAAGCAACCCUGCAGUCAAGGAGGCUACUGGGAUUUCUGAAACAGGAUGCUGGUUUGCACUGAAAUUAGAGAAUUUGGUAGGCAAAGGGGUGCAGGGUUGGUUUGUUAGCUGUGAAUCACUCUCUAGUUGUGACAUACUUCAAGGGUGGGAGCAGCGUAUAGUAUGGGUUAGCCUAUACGCGAGUAUAUAUGAUAACUUUAUACUUGAAAUGUCUGUGAAGAAAGCAAAAUAAACUCACGAUCCUAUAAGGUGUCUGGAUAACAAACACAGUGGAACAGAGCUAAAGAGUAGGGAAAGGAGGGGAGUUUUGUCACUGUCACAUCAGGGGACAUCAAGCCUGGUUUGGUGCGUCCUUUCAGUGAGGAGGACAGGAAAAAGAAAGGGUUUUCAUCCUUCUGCCCUCCCUACCCUUGGCCAGCAGGUUGGGUCAAAAAGAAUAGGAUGCCCUUUGCCAAUGCUGGCAUGGUGCUGGAGAGGAAAAAAAGGUUCCAUGCAAGGAUGCAUGUGGUGACAGUGGUGCUGGUGGACUGCUUCAGUGCCUCCUUGCACGUAUGGAAAUGGGAGGAGGGUGUGCACACCCAUUGGAAGUUCAUAUGUAUAUUUACUAUUGAAUGUACAGGGGAAGUACAUGGCUUGUCUUCCUGGGAAGGGGUGUACUUGAAUAAAUGCCAGAGAGCACAGAAUCUUGUGCUGGGGUCUGAAGACAAGAUGUGCAAGGCUGAGAUGUGUGUGUACGUGUACAUGUGCCUCUGUGUGCAAGAGAGAGAUACUUAGCACGAGUGCAAAGCUGGAAUAGCCUAGGGUUUUCCAUCCCUGCAGUUGUAGUGACAGCUUUCCUGGUGCACCUAGUAUCGAUAAGAGUGUUUUCUUUUCAUUGUAUCAUUUUAGAUGCAAGUUGAACUAAAGGAAAGGGAGCAAUGGUAGGAGUGAGAAGCUGAAUUCCCGUUUCGUAUGUCUUCUUUCUCCUGAGGUGAUGAUGUGGGCUGACAUCUCCCAUCCUGAGAGAGAUGGCAGUCUCUCCUGCUUAUCCUGGGUCUGUCCUGGUGUCUUGAUGACUGUGACUCACCAGGGGAAAGGUUGAGAGAGCCCUGUGCUGUGGGCAUGGGGACACUGCUGGGGAAUGACUUUGGAAAGGAAUGGCAGUCCUGUUUUUAUAAGCCACAUUUCUCGGAGAUGAAAGCCACCUCUCUCACGUUCUUCACCUUGCCCUGGUUGAUUUGAUCUUAUCUUUCUCUUUUUAAGCCAAUGAAAGGCCUUUUAUUUAUUUACCUAUUUAUUUUAUUUAUUUUUUAAAGCUGGGUUGGGGGGA